AUGGCAAGAUCCUGGCCAACAGCCAGUCAGGCGUGUCUGUUCUCGACUGCUUUCGCGGUGCCAAUCUUGUAUGUUUCAGUCCGUCCUAGCCUAGAUGCAACGCAGCUAACAUCUAUCUUCAAACAGCGCCGUACCAUUGUGUCCCUCGUCCCAUUCAACAAUCAGCUUUGGGAUGGUGCUCCAGUUCUCUUCGUCUACACCUCUUACUUCUUCCAGCAGGCCGGUGUCGCCCAGCCCUUCAUCGCCACCGUCGCCGUUAACACAGUCCUCAUCACCUUUGUCGCCAUCAGUUUCUACACGACCGAUCGCGUGGGUCGGCGUCCGCUCCUUGUCUAUGUCGGUGCUUUUAUGGUGCCACUCCUCUUCAUCAUCGGUGGUAUCCUCAAGAUGCCUCUCACGACCGCCAACAGCACGGCUAUGAUUGCCGUUUCAUGUAUCUGGGUGGCCGCCUACUCGUCCUCCGCAGGCCCUCUCGGCUUCACUUUCCUCGCCGACUGGUCUACUUCCGUCCUUCGAGCUAAGACGGCCAACAUGGGCAGUCUCGCCUUCGCCCUCAUGUCGCUGGUGACCACGUACUGCACGCCCCUUAUGCUCGCGGCCCCCAACUUUGGAGUUUCCAACACCAUGCUCUUUUACGGCACCACGUCGGCCAUCUUCGUAGUUGUCAUGUGGUUCGUCAUCCCCAAGACGAAGAAUCGCUCCCAUGUCGAACUCGACGAGAUGUUUGAGCUCAAGGUGCCGACACACGAGUUUGGGUCAUUUGAGACGUCUGUAGAUAAAGCCAGGAAGGCCGCUAAGUUAGAAAGCCGUCCAUCUUACGGCAGAUAUUUAAUUACCGAUGUCUAG